UGAGGUCUGAGGAUCAAAAUUUUAAUUGAAAUCUUGUAACAUCGUUCCUUUCCUUCUACGCCGAAAGUUUAAACUCCCCAGUACACAGAGCACUGUGACGCAACAAUGGCGGACGCCCAAGAAGUCAAGCUUGAACGGUUUCUCCAGUGGCUACAGUUGAAUAAAGUGGAGCUACGCGGUAGCAGUAUCAAGUACAGCGGUUCGAACAAAGGGUUUGGAAUUUUUUCCUCUAAUGAUGUCUGUGAUGGGAUACUGCUGGUGGUUCCACUUGAUUUAAUUAUAACUCCUAUGAGGGUGCUUCAAGACCCACUUCUUGGACCCCAUUGCCGGGCCAUGUUUGAGGAAGAGGAAGUAGAUGACAGGUUCUUGAUUAUUUUGUUUCUAAUGGUGGAACGCCUACGGAAGAACUCUUCUUGGAAACCGUAUUUUGAUAUUCUUCCAACCGAAUUUGGGAAUACCCUUUGGUUUUCAGAUGAUGAGCUCUCUGAGCUGAAGGGAACUACAUUGUAUCAGGCAACUGAUUUGCAGAGGCAAAAACUGCAGUAUCUUUUUCAUGAGAAAGUGAAGAAGUUGGCUGAGAAACUUUUAACUCUUGAUGGAUGCCCUGAAAGUGAAGUGAGCUUUGAGGACUUCCUAUGGGCAAAUUCCAUAUUUUGGAGUCGAGCACAAAAUAUACCUCUUCCACAUUCCUAUGUAUUUCCAAAAAGUUCAGAAGGACAAGAACCUGUGUCUGAUGAAUCUGCAAAAAAAGACACAACUGUUGCAUCUAAAUCAGGAGAAGAUACAGUUUGGGUAGAGGGUAUUGUCCCAGGCAUUGAUUUUUGCAACCAUGGUGUAAGGGCCACAGCUACAUGGGAAGUUGAUGCAACAGGACUUACAACUGGAACCCCAUUUUCUAUGUACCUUCUUUCAGUUGGAGAAGUUCCUAUCCAUAGUGGCGAAGAGAUAUUAAUUAGUUAUGGCAACAAGGGAAAUGAGGAGCUGCUUUACCUGUAUGGAUUUGUAAUGGAGGAUAAUCCAGAUGACUAUCUCAUGGUUCAUUACCCUGUGGGGGCUAUUCAGGGCAUUGCUUUCGCCGAGUCCAAAUCACAGCUUCUUGAAGCACAGAAAGCUGAAUUGAGGUGUCUCUUACCAAGAACUUUGUUGAAAGAUGGAUUUUUUCCUCCAUGUAUGCCUCGAAUAGAAAACAAUGAUAAAUGCCCCAGUAAUAGUAUCAGUGCCUAUAGUUGGAGCGGUCAGCGGAAGAUGCCCUCUUACUUGAAUAGGCUUGUUUUCCCCGAGGAUUUCUUGACUGCCUUGAGAACAAUAGCAAUGAAAGAUGAUGAGCUUUAUAAGGUCACAUCAUUACUUACAGAGCUUGUUGGACCUGGAGGCCAAAGGCAACCUUCUGAUGCCGAAGUUCGAGCAGCAAUUUGGGAGGCAUGUGGUGAUUCUGGAGCCCUGCAAGUGCUUGUCGAUCUGCUUAACAUGAAGAUGACGGAGCUUGAAGAAGGUUCUGGGAGAGAGGAGAAUGACGCUGAAUUACUUCGCAGUGCUCGCUCCAUAGAUAAUUCAGUGGAUUACCAAAGCAAAUGCGAUAAUAAUGGCACCAAAGAGAACAAAUUGCUAAGCAGAAACAGGUGGUGUAGCAUAGUAUACCGCCAUGGGCAAAAGCAACUCACCAGCCUUUUCUUGAAGGAAGCUGAGCAUGCCUUGCAGUUAGCAUUGACUGAGGGAAACUAGAAUUAGUAGUUAGAUUUGAAUAAUAAUGAGCCUUUCUCUUCAUAAGCUUGUGUAGAAUUAUAGAUAUUUGUAGAAGGCAUUGCAUGCUAAAUUUGAUUCUUGAACAUUUUACAAUGGAACAAGUGUCAAAUAGGUUAAAGAAUUUUUUGCUUUUGUGCAGUUUGACUACUAAACUUAAAAAGUGUGUACUUAACCAUCAAACAAGCAAAAUAUGUGCAAUUGAGACAUUUUAAUGAUUU